AGAUACUUUAUAUUCAUCAACUCCUUCAUUAAAAAAAUGUUUUUCAAUCACUGGCAAUGCAUCAAAACCGCACCAGACUUAUGAUGAUAACAACACUAAAGUAUCCGUUCAACUCUCACAAUCUACAUUGUUGUCACCACUAAAGACCCCAAGUACUAAUCUUGGAUUAAAAUACAAAACUGAUCAAAAUAGUAACAAAACUAAAAAACAGCAUCAAGAAUCAAAUCAAAUUGCUGGUCUUAUUGAUACUGUUCAUCAACUCAUACGCACAACCAGUAAUUUAAGAUUUGAAAUUAGAGAAUUAGCUAAGAAAAUGGAUACUAUGGAUCAAAGACUUAAUGAUACUAUUGUUAAUACAAGUUCUGCAGUACAUGAAAAUAAUGAUUUGUCUGACGAGUCAUCUUGGGAUUUACCUCUUACAACAAUUGAAAAUUUGGAGUUAUUUGAAGAAAAAUUAUCUGAUAAAUUGUUUAGAAAGAAAGUGAUAAAUGAACUAUCAAGAUAUGAAAGAUCAACUAUAGCUGAAACUACUAGGCAAAUAACAUCAAAGAUUUUUCACAAUAACUUACUUUCACAAUUUUCAUAUCAUGGCCAAAAACAUAAAAGAGUCUUUUCGGUUCUAAAUUCAUGUUCGCUCAUAUUUAGUAAGAAUUAA